AGGGGAGCUGCGAGCGAUCAGGCGCAGCGGGAGAAUUGCGCUCGGGAAUCGGUGAGGCCGCGGGAGACGUUUGCGUUGGCGUACAGGCGCGGGACGGGGCGGGGCGGCGAUGGAUGAGGCGUGGCAGUGAAGCUUUGCGAAGAGCGGAGAGGAGCGGAAGAGUGGAAUUUGAGCUCUCGGGGUGCGGAUUGUGCGUCGGGAUUAGGACGGCGGAGAAUGCCUGGCAGAAGGCUGUACCUGAAGUGCGGAGAGUUUGAUGUGAAGUUGCAAGUGGAGCUUCGGCGCGGCGGCGUUUCUCCGGUCGAGCUCAGCGCGUGCCUUAUCUCUCGACGGAAGAGCACGUUUAGCUUCGUGCGUGAGUGAUUAGGCAGGACGUUUGAAUGAUUUUCGGCCGGAGGAAUUCUGCUCCAAUUGUAUUUUCUCGAAAGGCGUAGUGAAGAUCAGCUCAUUCUGCUCGAAGUGGCUAUGCUCACUGGAAUGGUAAAAAUUAGAGUCGAAAUCGUGGAUUAUCUUACCAGAUCCCCCUGGUGGUCGAAGCUGUGGACCUAGAAUUUAUCGCGGGCUUCGAUGAUAUCGAGACUUGGAGAUCAUUCAUGGGCUGAAGUAAUCGAAGCUUAGUUAAAAAAAAAAAAGCUGGACGGCCGCUACCGUAAAAGAGUUGCAUGCCUGCCAAGGCUUCUUCAGCAAUGGCUGUCAGAAGAUUAGCCGAGACGUUGUCUAGAAAUCUGGUGGAAGACAUUUACAGAUGCAGUUUCAAAAAGCAGACUGGUGUCAGUCUUAAAUAUAUGAUGGACUUCGGCGCAUACCCUACCAGCAGAAAUCUGCUGGUUUCCGCCCAGUUUCUUCACAAAGAACUGCCUGUGAGGUUGGCCCAUCGCGUCACCGAACUCGAGAAUCUGCCGCACGGUCUCUCCACCAAAGCUCCAGUGUUGACGGUGCGCGAUUGGUAUGUCGAUUCCUUCAAAGACUUGAGAAGCUUUAAAGAGAUCCAAAACUUGACAGACGAAAAUCGCUUCACGGAGCUUCUUACCCACAUCAAACAACGUCACAACAACGUCAUGCCCACCAUGGCUAUGGGUAUCCAGGAGCUCAAGGAGGACCUGGGAAGGAAAGUCGGGCUGAAUGAGCUUCCAGAAAUUCACCAGUUUUUGGAUCGGUUCUACAUGUCCCGAAUCGGAAUUCGUAUGCUUAUAGGACAACACGUGGCCUUACACCAGGAAAACCAUCCUUCUGGAUACAUUGGUCUGAUCUGCACGAAAGUCUCUCCAGUGGAAGUUGCUCAAAACGCCAUUGACGAUGCCCGAUCGGCUUGCAUGAGGACAUAUGGAAGUGCUCCGGAAGUCCACGUGUACGGAGAUCCCAACUUUUCCUUCGCCUAUGUACCUACUCACUUGCAUCAGAUGCUUUUUGAGCUUGUAAAGAACUCAUUGCGUGCCGUACAAGAAAGGUUCAUGGACGCUGACCAUGAGUGUCCGCCGAUAAGGGUGGUCGUUGCAGAUGGUCUCGAAGAUGUCACAAUCAAGAUUUCUGAUGAAGGAGGUGGCAUUCCAAGAAGUGGACUUCCAAAAAUCUGGACAUAUUUGUACAGUACUGCGAAAUCGCCUUUGGCAGACGAGGGGCGACAGCUCCAAGAAACACCGAGUAUCAUGGCCGGAUAUGGCUAUGGCUUGCCUAUCAGUCGCCUGUAUGCCAGAUAUUUUGGUGGUGACUUGCAGGUCAUCUCCAUGGAGGGUUACGGAACGGACGCGUAUCUCCAUUUGAACCGGCUAGGCAACGUGCAAGAGCCACUGCCUUGAGGCACACUCCAUUGUUUUGUAAUGCUCUGUAUCUAUUCUCGGAAUGGAAAUGACUUCCGAUCUCGCCGCGGUUAGAGAAUUCAUUGCGCUGUUUUUUUUUCAUUGUUCUCCUCCUUACCUCACCGACUCCAUUCAAAUCAGAUGAUUCAGAGAAAAUUCCUCCUCGUUCACCUUCCUGGAAGAAAGUAUCCCGUCGUUGCUGUCUUCUCUGCCGGGCACCAGGCACCUACGAUUCUACUUCUCGGCCUAUUCUGCGUAAAAUUCUUGUCAACAAAACGUCUACCACGAAACCUUCAUUCCUAUUUUGUUCUGUCCUGUGGACGUGUUUUAGCAGUUAGCCCCGCAGUGCAGACUGCGACGACGACAGAUUGUAAUAUUUGAUUGAUACACAGGAAAGGAAAGAACGCCCUGGUUCACUC